GUAUGCUGACAAUCACAGAUUUCAUCUCUAUCCUAAGGAGAUUAUAUGUGUCUCCAAAUGUCAGAAUGGAUGAGCUGGAAGAUCAUAAAAUCCUGAAUUGGAGAGAAAUGGAAACAGACAGGCAGCGACCGUUUAUGUACAUCACUCCAGACGCCAGUUUGUUUGAUGCCAUCAAGUCUCUUUUAGAGAACCAUGUUCAUCGGUUGCCAGUGAUGGACGAGGUUACAGGCAAUGCUCUCUAUAUUCUGACACACAAGCGUAUCCUGCGUUUUCUGCACAUGUUUAUGAGAUCCUUGGCAGAGCCUCCCUUUAUGAGGUCUACAAUCAAAGAACUUGGUAUUGGAACAUACACCAAUGUGAUCACGGCAACACCAGAAACUACAAUCCUAACAGCCCUUAAUUUGUUCAUGGAUCACAGAGUGUCAGCAUUACCAGUUGUCAACAGUGCCGGCGAGAUCAUCAACAUUUAUGCCAAAUUUGAUGUUAUUACGCUGGCUGCUGAUAAAAGCUACAACAAUUUGGAUAUUACCCUUGAAGAGGCCCUCAAAAGAGAGAGUAGUGAGGGAACUGAGAAAGUGGCCACCUGCUUGCCUUCUGAUACUUUAAGUGCUGUCAUUGAGAAAAUUGUCACAGCUGAG